UUCCCUGCUGGGACAGAGGUGGAGCCAGAGUCCCCAGCCCCAUCUCUUUCUGCCCCGCUGAGUCUCUGGAAUGGACCUGCCUGCCAGGAAGCCGGGUCGCCCUUGGUCCUGGGCUUGCCUGCCCCCUGGGGAACACAGGUGGCCCAGGCAGUGAUAGCAGUGGCGGUGAGGCCGUGGCAGCAGCAUUCGGUACAGAGGAUGUCCCAGGCCCUGGAGCGCCCGGAGGGCUGCUGGGCCUGGGUGGUACUGCUGGCUUCCCUGGUGACCCACGGCCUCACCCUGGGCUUCCCCACAUGCAUCGGCAUCUUCUUCACCGACCUGCAGCGUGACUUUCAGGCCAGCAACAGCGAGACCUCCUGGUUCCCCUCCAUCCAGACAGCCAUGCUCCACGCUGGGGGACCGCUGUGCAGCAUCCUGGUGGGAUGCUUUGGCUGCAGAGUGACGGUGAUGCUGGGGGGCCUGCUGGCGUGCCUGGGCAUGGUGGCCAGCUCCUUCUGCCGCACACUCGGCCAGCUCUACCUCACAGCAGGAUUCAUCACAGGCCUGGGCAUGAGCUUCAGCUUCCAGUCGAGCAUCACCGUGCUGGGCUUCUACUUUACCCGCCGGCGGGCGCUGGCCAACGCGCUGGCCUCGAUGGGCGUCUCGCUGGGCAUCACACUCUGGCCACUCCUCUCCCGCUACCUCCUGGAGGAGCUGGGCUGGAGGGGCACCUUCCUUGUCUUCGGCGGGGUCUUUCUCCACUGCUGUGUCUCCGGGGCCAUCAUGAGGCCUGUGGCCACCAGCAUGGCCCCUGAGACCAGAAAAGGCCUCCCUCCACCUUCCAAGACACCUGCGCCCGUCUGCCCGGCAGCGUGUAGCCGGGCCAUACAGCGCCACCUGGCCUUCGACAUCUUGCGCCACAACACAGGCUACCGUGUGUACACGCUAGGUGUCAUGUGGAUGAUCGUGGGUUUCGGGCUGCCGCAUAUCUUCCUGGUGCCAUACGCCAUACGGCAUGGGGUGGACGAGCACCGGGCAGCCCUGCUCAUCUCCAUCAUCGGCUUUAGCAACAUCUUUCUACGGCCCAUGGCUGGGCUGAUGGCAGGCCGGCGGGACUUUGCUGGCCACCGCAAGUACCUGUUCAGCCUGGCAGCCCUGCUCAACGGGCUCACCAACCUGGUGUGCACAGUGUCGGCUGACUUCCGGGUGCUGGUGGGCUACUGCCUGGUGUACAGCGUGUCCAUGAGUGGCAUUGGUGCCCUCCUCUUCCAGGUCCUCAUGGACAUUGUCCCCAUGGAUCAGUUCUCCAGGGCCCUGGGCCUCUUCACUGUCCUGGAGAGCAUCUCCAUCCUCAUCGCCCCACCACUGGCUGGGUUCUUCCUGGACAUCUCUGACAACAACUUCAGCUAUGUUUUCUACAUGUCAAGCUUCUUCCUCAUCUCAGCCGCCCUCUUCAUGGGUGGUAGCUUCUGUGCCCUGCGGAAGAAAGAGAGGCAGGGCAGGCAGGCCGAGGGGGAAGGAGCCAUCACGGAGGCUGCGCUGGAGCAGACCCUCACCGUGGAAGGCACAGAUGGUUCCAAGAAGCAGGUGUACACUGAAAUCAUGUAUGUGACCAGCCUCUGAGCCCUGGGAUCACAUGUGUGACCAGCAUCUGAGCCCUGAGGUCAGUGAGUGACCACUGCCUCAGCCCAGGAAUGGGAUGUCCAGCUGCCUUGCCAGGAGCUUGGGUGAGAGCUGCCCAGGAAGUCUGAACCAAAGGCGAUCCAGGCUUUGCACGUUGGGACUCAGCCAGGAGCUGGAACCUUGGAGGCUGGCCUCCGAAGACUCAGGGUUCCUUGCAACUAGCAGAAUCCAGGAGCAGGUCCUCCUGAGUUUUUUCCUUGGUACCAGAGUACCUGGGGCCCAGGAAGGUGGGGCUGAGCCCUGCUCCCGUCUGUCAUGGCCAGGUCAGCUCAGCUGGCUGCCCACUGCUGCUGCUACAGCUCAACACACUGGACCUCCUAGUCCAGCCCGGAUGCCUCUGAUGUGAUCCCUUUGUCCUUCUCCGGCCUCCAGACAGUUCCAAAGAACUCACCCAUCCUCUGAGGCCCUUCUGUCCCCCUCUUCCCAAGCGACCUGGCCCUUGCCCUUAGAACUGCCUCCAGAACAGGUUGCUGGGCCCCACGUUGACUGGAACCUUGGGAAGAAGGGCCUUGUGAAAGAAGGAGUUGUGGCCUGCAGUGGUGGAGGGCCAGGCUAGGGUUUGGACAGAUUAAAUCUUUGGGUAGAGUGCC